UUUCAGUCGAUAUGUAGAAGUUCCCGCGCUCUAGUGGGUUUGUGUACUGUCAAUUAAACGUGGGUUAAAGUAGCAAGAAUGGGAAUUUUAGGAUUAGCGAAAGUUAUUGCUGAUAUCGCACCUAAUGCUGUAAAGGAGAGUGAAAUUAAACAUUAUUUUGGUAGGAAGGUGGCAGUAGACGCAUCUAUGAGCCUAUAUCAGUUCUUAAUAGCUGUUAGAAGCGAAGGAGCGCAGCUAACCUCUAUUGAUGGCGAGACAACAAGCCAUCUUAUGGGAACAUUUUAUCGUACAAUUCGUCUGAUUGAAAAUGGCAUAAAGCCUGUAUAUGUAUUUGAUGGCAAGCCACCGAAUCUGAAAUCAGGAGAGCUUGAUAAACGUGCUGAAAGAAGAGAACAAGCACAAAAGGAAUUGGAAAAAGCUGAAGAAGCGGGCGAUGUUGAACAAAUAGACAAAUUUAACAGAAGAUUAGUGAAAGUGACAAAAACACACACAGAAGAAUGCCAGCAGCUUUUGAAACUGAUGGGGAUUCCUUACAUUGUGGCACCUUGUGAAGCUGAAGCACAGUGUGCAGCCCUUGUGAAAGCAGGUAAAGUGUAUGCGACAGCAACUGAAGACAUGGAUGCUUUGACAUUUGGAUCAAACAUUUUAUUACGACGGAUGACCUUCAGUGAAGCACGGAAAAUGCCAAUUCAGGAGAUUCAUUUAAACAAAGUUUUGGAAGGCUUGGAACUCACACGAGAUGAGUUUAUUGACCUGUGCAUCUUGUUGGGAUGUGAUUACUGUGACAGUAUCAAAGGCAUUGGCCCCAAACGUGCCAUCGACCUUAUAAAGCAGCAUCACAGUUUGGAAAAAAUUCUUGAGAAUAUUGAUACAAAGAAGUACCCACCACCAGAAGGGUGGAUGUAUAAGGAAGCAAGGCAACUGUUUUUAGAACCAGAUGUUGCUGAUCCAGAAACUAUUGAGCUGAAAUGGACUGAUCCAGAUGAGGAAGGUUUGGUGAAAUAUUUGUGUGGUGACAAACAAUUCAAUGAAGAUCGUGUGCGUAAUGGUGCAAAAAAACUGGCAAAGGGCCGGUCAGGGACAACUCAAGGUCGCCUUGAUACAUUCUUCAAAGUUUUACCCAGUACGAACAAUACCUCGCAGAAAAGAAAGAGUGAAGAAAAACCAGCUAGUGCAAAGAAGGCAAAAGGAGGAGGAGGGAGAGGACGGAGGCCAAAGUAAUUCCACUGUACUGUUGCCUAACGUGUCCAAAAUAAUGUUGCUCUUAAUUGAAGAUGUGUCUCCGAUUUGUAAUCGAACUGUAAAAUUUGAAAUAGGACAAAAACAUAUUAAAUCACUGUGUCUGUGACAUAUAUUGAAGUGAUUGUUGUGAUCUCAUAUCUUUUUGUAAUGGAUGGCAAUCUCUUCAAUCAUGUUGAUUUUUAAUUAAAUUAGACAUAAAAAUUAUAAUUGGAUCUGAAUUUAAAAUUGUGUGUGAAUGCUCUUAGAUGUGUGGCUCAGAUGUAGGUAUUUUGAUGUUAUUAUAGGUGCUA